AUCUUCGAUACCUUAGAUAUUUAAUUUUUCUAAACAUAAUAUUUUUUUUUUGGACACAGCUGCAAGAUGUUGAAUGAAAUCGCCGAAGAUAUGUACGUGUAUCAACAUGUAUCGCUAGACGAGGUUCCAAUCAUACCAUGGAAACCUAUAAGCCAAGAACAAGUAACGUUCUUGAAUACGUGCCUACAAUCCGAAAACCCCGAGUCGUUGUAUAGACAAGCAGUUCUCGACUACUUCAACAAAACGAAUCUGGAAUCAACGUGCAUGCACUUACAGAAAGCGGUGAAAAGCGGCCACACGGGCGCGCUGUAUGUAACCUGCAUCGUUUUGCUCUUCAGUGGGGACGAAGAACUCAAGCAACAGGGCAUCAAGUUAUUGGGGAACAUGAAAAAGACGAACGGAUUGAAGAGAAGGCUUCGAAUUUGCCGCAAUAAUUUGAAUAGCAUUCUGAAGAUGAUUUGGGUGAAGAACCCGGUUUUGCUGGAGCCGCCGGUUUGCUGUACGUCCCGAGAUCAGCAUCACAAGAAAAGGCGAUGGUCUGAAGUAGAGGAAGAUGUCACGUGCGAGGCUUGUGUUGCUGAUCAAGAGAUUAAUUUACUUAGUGGUAGAUACAAUUUUGAUUAAUCAGUUGAUUUAUUAGCAUUAUUUGUGAGGUAGCUAGUGUUCAUCGUUCCAAUUGAUGAAUUCAAAACUUCAACUUUGUGAUUUUCUAAAUAACAAUAAAUUCACUUGAAAGCUA